GAAAGGUACAUUGUAAGCCCAACUGCCGAUCUGGUUUGUUCUUGAACUGUACAAGGGACAUGUGUGAAGUGAGUGAUAAGAUCGACAUGCUUAACUAUCCUAAUUGAAACAAGGAAAAGAAAUGUCGUGAGAAUCUUAUAAGAUGUUAAAAUUGAUGCAAAUGUGAAUAAACAGCAGUAAGGAGCCAUUACUAUGGCAACUGGAGGCAUUCCAGCUCCUGGACGUUCAAAGAAAUUACCUGAAGUCCCAGUUAGAAAAGGAGGAAAACAAAAGAAACCUGUUAAAGUUUUCAUUACAACAUACUCUGAUGAAUUUUAUACUGAGAGAGACAUAGUAAGAAAAGAGGUGUUGCCUGAAUUAAAGUCAUGGUGUGAAACCAAACAUCUAACAGUUGAAGAACAGUUUGUGAAAUGGGGGUCUAAACAUCCAGACAGACGAGAUGUUACUGAAUUGGAGAAAAUACAGACUUGUAUAGAAACUUGUUAUUUCCAAGACGUAAUGCCUAUUUUUAUCAAUAUAACAAGUGAGUCAGUAGGAUGGGUGCCAAUGUGGGAUGAAUGUCCUGAUGAAGUUGUAGAAAAUUACAUUGAAGCCUAUGGAUUAGUUGUAGAAGAUUUAGAAGUUAUGAAUGGUGCUUUUAGGCAAGAUAACCAGAACUCUUUGUUUAUGAUGAGAAAUGAUGACUUUCUGAAAAACCUUCCUAUAGAUGACCAAAAAUAUUUUCUAAAGAAAACUCCUGCAAGUGAAACGGUCAUCAAAAUUGGAGAUAAAAUUUCACAAAAGUUUCCUAUAAACAGAGUAGUAAAAUAUAACUGUGAGGAAUACAAAGGUUUAAGUUCAAAGAAUAAACCAAAAUUAAAACUGAGUGAUUCUUUCAAACAAAAGAUAUUAGAAUUUUGUAAACAAAGAAUUGGUUGUGAUUACUGCGGUGAUCAGGUGACAUCUUACAGUCCUGUUGACAAUACAGUAUCUCAGGAACAUCUGACGUAUAUGAAGAAUAAAAGUUCCACUGUCAUAGGCAGAGAUGAUAUUAUUAAAGUGAUUGAGGAUUACAUAUUCAAAGAAGAAAAGGAUGUUCCAUUGUUUGUUAUAGGGGAGGCAGGUAUAGGAAAGUCUUCUGUGAUGUGUAAAGCAGCUUAUACUAUUUACAACAAUCUUGGACAUAUACCCUGCCCUGGAGGUAAAUCUUGGACUUUGUUUUUCCAUUUUGUUGGUGCUAUUCCUGGUUCUUGUUGUUUAGAGACUAUGUUGAAGAGAUUGUUAAAAGAAGCAGACUUAGUUAAUGACUCCAGCAUUCCAAGAGGUGUGGAGGCAACUGCACAGUCUUGUUGUAGUAUGUUAGCUAACCCCAGUAUUAAGCCUAUUAUUAUAUUUAUAGAUGGUUUGAAUCAGUUUUCUGAUGAUCAAGCUUCAAAAGUAAUGAGUUGGUUACCAAGGAAACUAGCUCCACAUGUUAGAUGUAUAUUUUCCUCUGUUACGGACUCACAUCAGUACAAAACAGUGAUCAGUAGAGAAUCAAAGCCUAUAGAGUUACCGCUAGAACCUUUGGACAAACAGUCUCGCAGUAUUUUGGCAAAAGGUUGGUGCAAGAGAUUUGACCAAGAAUUAACGGGUACACAGUUAGAUGCAUUACUGUCAAAAUCCUCCUCAGAAAACCUUUUGUGGUUGUCAUUAGCUUGUGAAGAGAUCAAAUUGGUCUGUGACCUGGACCAAAUUGAUAAAAAAAUCAGUGACCUUCCAGAAGGUUUACCAAAUUUAUUUGAAUACAUGUUAAUGAGACUGGAGAAUGAAUCUGGUAGCAACCUUGUCAUAGGUACUCUGUGUCUUUUGGAAGCUUCAUUUGCUGGAUUAUAUGAGCUUGAAUUGAGACAGAUAUUAGGUCAUGAAAACACAUUGAUGCCUCCAUCACCAUUUGAUGAAAAAGAUGAAAAAGAAUCAUCUGAGAAAGAAGUUAUUAAAGUUAUGGAUCCUGUUUCUUCAAGAAAAUGGAAUGCUAUUAUGAAAACAUUACAGCCUUACUUACGCUAUAAUGGUGAAAGUAAAGAGGGCAGAUUGGAUUUCUACCAUAGAGCACUCAGUAAAGCUGUCAGGAGAAGGUAUUUUGUGAAGUCUGAAGAUAAAGGAGCAGCAGAAGAACAUUCAGAGGAAUACUAUUGGUGGCAUAAAAAGUUGGCAGAAUCAUUUGAACAUUCCAAAAAUGAUGAAAGAUUUGUUGAGGAAUACUUGUAUCAAUUAGUAUGUACAGAUGACACCUAUAGACUGACUGAAUGUCUGUGUGAUUGGAGAGUAUUUGAUAAACUUUACCAUGAAGAGUAUAGCUCUAAACUGCUGGAAUAUUGGAGAAAGGUAGGAAGUACUCAUGUUAUGAUAAAUAAAUAUGGUGAAGCAUUACAUGGACUAGAAGCACAUUCAGCACAUAAAGAGGAAGCUGUAUCUAUACGCUAUGAAAAAGUCUGCAGGGUCAUAGUCCAAUGUGGGAAAUACCAUGAUGCAUUAGACCUGCUCAAGACAGCCAUGAAGAUUGAAGAAAAAGAGUUGGGAGCUCGUCCACAUAGAAUGGUGGAGCUUUAUGCCCUAAUGGCUGAAAUUUAUGAUGAGAAAUUAAAGUUAAAUGAUUUUGUAUCUCCAAGCCAGUUACCAGAUCUGAGGAAAACUAUUCACUAUGGAAAAAAAUCAAUAGCAAUUAGAAAAACUCUGCCUGGCACCUACCAUAAAUUUAAGCUUGGGAUGAGUUUAAUGAAGCUAGCAUUUAACUUAGAAAGUUGGGAAGCAUGUGGUGGAGGACCAGAACUGACUGGAACCUCAGCUUUAGAGGAAGGCAAUAGAUAUAUAGACAAGGCACUCAAAAUAUUUCAGGAGUUAAAUGACAUGGGACAUUACGCAGAAGCUUUAAUGACAAAAGGUGUUCUUGCUAAGAGAGGAAGUAUGGAACAGUUAAAGUUGUAUAAUGAAGCAAUGGACUUGUGUAUGCAAAUGUAUGGAGAAUAUCAUAUUCUGAUGUCAAGACUCUAUAUAAAUAUAGGUAUUGUUUACGAGGAUAACUGUGAUUAUAAAAAGGCUUAUGAAUAUUUCAAGAAAUGGGCAAGAAUAAGUGAGGAAAUUCUAGGACCUGAUCACCCAAAGACAAAGCGUGCUAGAGGUGUGCUUAGAGAAAGUAGAUACCAAAAUAUUGCCAGGAAUUUAGAUGAAUGGGAAAGAACUGGACAUGAUUCCUCACCUGGGGAAGAAAAUGUUGAUGAAACAGAAAGACGAGAUUUAGAAAACUUUUACGAUGAUUCUUCCGACCAGAAUGAUAUCAAUUUAGUUGUCAGUGACUGUAAUCAGAAUCUUGUUUCGGUUGGCAAUUUGCCAAAUAAUGAACAAGAUGCAUUAAACAGUGAAGAGGAAGUGUCGAAUGGUUAUUUUGAGGAAGCAUCUUCACAUGAUGGGAGUAGCAGUAGUAGUGACAAUGAAAGUGAGAACUCAGAUCAUGAAAAUUUGUAUGACGAUUGUUUAAGCGAGUAUGCCGAACAGUAUGCAAUGAUUAACCCCAUAGAUGACAAUUUAAUGAAUGAAUUAAAUAUUAAUAUAGAUGAUAAUGACGAUGUAGAUGAUGAAAUUGAACAAAUUACUUCACGUGAAAAUUACGAUAAUGAAGCAGAGACAGACAAUAGAUAUGCAAUUUAUGCUGGUGAUAACAAUAGUGAAAAUGAAUCUGAUAAUUGUUCUAAUACCAGGCAGAGAGUAAACCAGUUAUGAUUAGUAGUUUGUCUUAAUAAAAUUAAGGUGGACUGUUUUAGUAUCAUCUGCAAUUA